AAGCCGAGUAGUUUGUCCAAUAAUUGAUGUUAUUAGUGACGAAACAUUUGAGUACAUCCCAGUAUCGGACAUCACCUAUGGUGGGUUCAACUGGAAGUUAAGCUUUCGAUGGUACAAAGUUCCUCAAAGGGAAAUAGAUCGUCGUGAUGGUGACAGAACCAAGCCUAUCCGAUCUCCAACAAUGGCAGGAGGAUUGUUUUCCAUAGAUAAAGACUAUUUUGAAUAUAUAGGAAAAUAUGAUGAAGGGAUGGACAUUUGGGGGAGUGAAAACCUGGAACUUUCAUUCAGGAUAUGGAUGUGUGGAGGAACACUUGAAGUUGUCCCUUGCUCUCACGUUGGCCACGUUUUCCGCAGCGCGACACCGUACACUUUUCCCGGAGGUGAGAGUAACAUUAUCUAUCGAAACAUUGUACGACUUGUCUCCGUCUGGCUCGAUGAAUGGAAGGAUUUUUAUUACAUGUUUAAUCCAGGAGCCAAGAGAAUUGAGGUGGGAGAUAUCACAGCCAGGAAACAGCUACGUGAAAAGUUGAAGUGUAAAAGUUUUCGUUGGUACUUGGAGAAUAUCUUUCCAGAGUCUCAAAUGCCACUAAAUUAUUACUAUCUCGGAGAAGAAAGAUAUCAAAAAAGGGGUGGAGAUGUUUUUACUUCCUUCCAGGUUUUUGUCUACACAAAACAACAGCAAAUAAUGUGA